AUGUUUUAUGAUCCUCCCUGUCAUGGGACUUAUGCUGCUACUUACGUGUUUUCUCUGUUUCGUGAUUUUACAGGAGAACUGAUCCGGUUGUGGUUUGAUCAGAAGAACGCCUCUCUGGGUUUCCAUGCGAUUCCCCUUACCAAACUUCAUGUGGAAAAUGGUGGAUUUCUUGUGAACGAUGAACUCAAGAUUGUUGCGGAAGUAAAGGUUCUUGAAGUUAUUGGCAAACUAGAUGUACCAAAGGAAACUGAAGCGGCAACCCAACCUCUGAAAAAGAUAAAGCUAGAGGAAACUUCACCAGUGGAUUUUGUGAGGCGUAUUUUUGAAAAACACCCAGACGUUGCAUUCGAAUUCCGUCUAAAGAACCCACUUCUAAAGACGGCAUACAUGAAUGUCUUACUCAGCCUGAUCGAGACAUUGUGCCGGUCACCUCUGGAAAUCUCAAAAGAUGAUCUGGCUGAUGCGUAUGACUCGCUAAGAUCAUUGAAAGAUGUUGGAUUUAAGUUGGAUUAG